UACUCGCCGUCAGUGUCACGUCUUUCGUCUCGCAUCUUUCUUUACUCGCUAUAUUGUUAUUGUUAUUGUUGUGUUCCUUGUUUUUGUUUUUGUUUGUGUUUUCGUUAUCGUUUGUUGCUCGUAUACUCGUAUACUCGUAUACUCGCAUACUCGUUAUUGUAUAUAGAAGAAGUGUCAAGUGUGUUGAAAGUGCUUUCGAUAUGAUGUCAUAAAAGUGCGGUCAUACGCUCUAGAAUAUGUGCUUGCCCAAGUGAUAAGAGAUAAGUUGUUUAUAUAUCUGAGAUAUAUUUCGGUGUAUGUAUGUGUUUGCCAGAAGCAAACUAAGUGGAGUGGUGUGUGUUAAAAGCUGUGAGAAGUGCUGAAGUGUUGAAGUGCGUUGAAGAUGUCCAAUGGUAAAAUCUAUCCCACCUUUAUGAUUAACGAUGAUGAUCUAAACGGUUAUGACAAUAAUGCCGACGAUGAGGAUAGCGAUGAGGAGCGUCACUCCAAAUUGCAGGACAUUAUUGAUUGGUUACACCAGCGCCAUCAUGACAAUCGUGAAGUGACAGAAGGUGCCCUACAAGUAUGGCGUGCCCUGCCGGAACGCAUACGACAGGACCCGAGCUUAGCGUCAUUUCGCCAAGAGCACGAACGUCUUCAUGGAGGUUACGAACCACCAGAUGUGGAUCCACUACCCUCAGAAGAUGUUGAUGAGAAUGAAGAAAAGGGAAAGAACUCAAACGUAUUUUCACAAAUUGGCAUAAAUGUAACCAACGAAAUGGGGCAAGUACGAAUAUUGAAUGGAAGAGAUGUGGAGAACAAUGCCGAAGAUCAACCUGAUGAUACGGAUGGCCAUUCAAGCAAGGCAAAAAAUUAUUUAAAAUGGCUUAAGAUAUCAAUUCUAUUAGUGGUCUGGUGCGUAUUUACUGCAUUCCUAAUGUCAACCAACGAGCAUGUCGACGAAUUAAAGCUUAUAACUGUACCCAAAAAAGGAUCUGAUAAAGUUUUUCCCAUCACAACAUCAACAUUAAAUCGCCUUGGUUUAAAGCUGAAAGGAUCAUUUCGUUUGCAGGAAGUUGAUACGGCCAUUGAUAAGUUAAACCCACCACAACUACGAGUACAUAUUGAACGUAGCUACUUCAAUGCUAGUGGCUAUGAGAUACAUCGUGAAAAUGUCUCCAGCCUUUGGAAACUAGAUAUAGUGUAUCCGAAUGAACUUGAUAGUACAAAAGAGACAAGUAAAGGUUUUAUAUAUGAAAUAUUUCCGAUAAAUGAAGAUUGGGCACAACAAAGCAAUUUUUCGGAGCUUAAUUUACACUUUAUAACAACCAUAGAUUCCGAAUUUCCAUUGCAAAUAUCUCUAGAUGAAUCACCGAUAUAUAAGAAGGAAGGUGUUAUCUAUGCAGCUUUGGUAUUGUGUGGAUUGUAUGUUAUGAUCAUUUGGGAAAUUGUUAAUCGUACAUUUGCUGCAAUAAUUGCUUCAACACUGUCUGUGGGUAUUUUGGCAGCACUGAAUUCUAGACCAUCUAUGGCUACAAUUAUGGGUUGGAUAGAUGUGGAGACGUUGUUAUUAUUAUUUGGAAUGAUGAUUUUAGUUGCGAUAUUAUCGGAAACCGGUAUAUUUGAUUAUUUGGCUGUGUAUGCUUAUAAGAUAACGACUGGUCACGUUUGGCCACUUAUAAACUGCUUAUGUUUGUUUACUGCUAUAUUAUCGUCUUUCUUGGAUAAUGUGACGACCGUACUACUUAUGACGCCAGUAACUAUACGCUUAUGUGAAGUGAUGUCACUGAAUCCGGUACCGAUAUUAAUGUGCAUGGUCAUCUAUUCAAAUAUCGGUGGUGCUUUAACUCCGGUCGGUGAUCCACCAAAUGUUAUAAUUGCUUCAAAUAACUAUGUAAAUAAAAAUGGUGUCAAUUUUGCCGUCUUCACACUACACAUGUUGCCCGCCAUCAUAUUGGUUAUGUUGCAGAGUUAUUUGCAAUUACGUUUCAAAUUUCGUCAUAUCAGCGAUCUACAAUUUAAGGACUCACCCGAAGUAGAAGAACUGCGACAUGAGAUACAUGUAUGGAAACGUGCUGCUGCUAGCUUAUCUGCCUACUCGAAGGACGAGGACUUGGUGCGCGAGACAUUAAUGAAGAAAGUCAAUCGUCUAAAGCGCAGUUUGAAGAAGCGCAUGGCUGCCGCUAUAGAACCUACCUCAAAUUAUGAACAAACUUUACAGAAUCUUCAAGCAAAAUAUCCAAUACGUAAUAAGUCAUUGUUAAUAAAGUGCAGUGCUGCUUUGAUUUUUGUUAUCGGUUUGUUCUUUUUGCAUUCCGUGCCAGAGUUACAACGUCUUUCAUUGGGCUGGACCGCAUUGUUAGGUGCCAUAUUUUUGAUUAUAUUGGCUGAUAUUGAAGAUAUGGAAGCUAUAUUGGCACGUGUUGAAUGGUCAACAUUAUUGUUCUUUGCUGCAUUAUUUAUACUUAUGGAAGCUCUAUCAGAAUUGGGUUUGAUUGAAUGGAUUGGUAAUAUGACCGAAAAUGUAAUAUUGGGCGUUAGUGAGGAAUCACGUUUGAUGGUUGCCAUUUUAAUUAUAUUAUGGGUUUCAGCAAUUGCUUCAGCUUUUGUAGACAAUAUACCUUUAACUACAAUGAUGGUAAAAAUUACCAUUUCUUUGGCUCAAAAUAGCACAUUGAAUUUGCCUUUACAACCACUGGUAUGGGCUUUAGCACUCGGUGCUUGCCUUGGCGGCAAUGGUACACUUAUUGGCGCCUCUGCAAAUGUAGUUUGUGCAGGUGUUGCUGAGCAACAUGGUUACAAAUUUACUUUCCUAGAAUUUUUCAAAGUUGGUUUUCCUGUCAUGAUUGGCAGCAUCUUUGUAUCAACAGCAUAUCUUAUAAUUUCUCAUGUGGUCUUUUCGUGGCAUUGAUAAAAGUCCGAAGAAUUGGUGUUCUCAUUAUAGGAUGUUCAACCAAUUCUUCACUGCACACAGAUACCUCGUAUACCGCAAAGGGAAGUUACUAUGCACGAGCUUGCACACAUCCAGAGACACAUAUAUAUAUAUAUAUUUUAAUAUAAUUCGAAUAGUAUAAAAUUAAAUUAAUUUAUUAUAAUAAAAUAA